AUGGGGACUGGGUGGGAACCCCUGGAUUCAAGCUCUAGAACCAUAAGGGGAAAAAAAGUGGCUGUCAAAACUCGGGUCCUCGGGCGGGGCAGAGCAGAACCAAUAAGAAAAGUCAAGGGGCUGGUUUGCCAGUUCUCACGCCCCACCCUCAGACGCUGCUGGAGGAAAGUUUCGCUUAGAGAAGCUAGAGGAGCGAACAUGGCAGCGGGUUGGCGGCUUUGCUGGGCUUCUGCGACCAUGGCGAUGACGCUGCUGCUCAUUUACCAGGUUCCCUCUGCCUCUGCCCAAAGAAAGAAGGAGAUGGUGUUAUCUGAAAAGGUUAGUCAGCUGAUGGAGUGGACCAGUAAAAGACCUGUAAUAAGAAUGAAUGGAGACAAGUUCCGGCGCCUCGUUAAAGCCCCACCAAGAAAUUAUUCUGUUAUUGUUAUGUUCACUGCUCUCCAACUUCAUAGACAAUGUGUUGUUUGCAAGCAAGCUGAUGAAGAAUUUCAGAUCCUGGCAAACUCUUGGCGAUAUUCCAGUGCAUUUACCAAUAGGAUAUUUUUUGCCAUGGUGGAUUUUGAUGAAGGCUCUGAUGUAUUUCAGAUGUUAAACAUGAAUUCUGCUCCAACUUUCAUCAACUUUCCUGCAAAAGGGAAGCCCAAACGAGGUGAUACAUAUGAGUUGCAGGUGCGGGGCUUUUCAGCUGAGCAGAUUGCCCGGUGGAUUGCAGACAGAACUGAUGUCAACAUUAGAGUAAUUAGACCUCCAAAUUAUGCUGGUCCCCUUAUGUUGGGAUUGCUCUUGGCCGUUAUUGGUGGACUUGUGUAUCUUCGAAGAAGCAAUAUGGAAUUUCUCUUUAAUAAAACAGGAUGGGCUUUUGCAGCUUUGUGUUUUGUGCUUGCCAUGACAUCUGGUCAAAUGUGGAACCAUAUAAGAGGACCACCAUAUGCUCAUAAGAAUCCCCACACAGGACAUGUGAAUUAUAUCCAUGGAAGCAGUCAAGCCCAGUUUGUAGCUGAAACACACAUUGUUCUUCUGUUCAAUGGCGGGGUUACUUUAGGGAUGGUGCUUUUAUGUGAAGCUGCUACCUCUGACAUGGAUAUUGGGAAACGAAAAAUAAUGUGUGUAGCUGGUAUUGGACUUGUUGUAUUAUUCUUCAGUUGGAUGCUCUCUAUUUUCAGAUCUAAAUAUCAUGGAUAUCCAUACAGCUUUCUGAUGAGUUAAAAAGAAUUCCAGAGAUUUGUAGACACUGUGGUAAUGGAAACUGAAAAGCAAGAAAUAUGUGUGUAUUUGAAAAGAAGAAUGCAACUUGUGUAUUUUGUAUUGCCUCUUUUUUCAAGUGAUUUAAAUAGUUAAUCAUUUAACCAAAGAAGAUGUGUAGUGCCUUAACAAGCAAUUUCUUGUCAAAAUCAUGAAGUAUUUAAAAAUUACUCUCCUCUUAAACUUCCCUUCCCAGUGAAUUUUAUGGAACAUUUAAUUUUGUAGAAUUAAGUACAUUAUAAAAAGUUUAAAACUACUACUUCAUUUUAAUUAGAAUAAAGCUCACUACUGUUUUACUUAA